GAUUGCCUUUUGAUCCAAACGCGUCAACGCACAGGCCAGCUGCAGGCUAGCUGAGAGAACAACUGUCUCCUUCCCGUCUUCUUUUACCAUAUAUACGAUGGCUGAAUCGUUACCUCCGGAACUAUGGUCACACAUCUUCGGUCUGGCCGCGGACGAGGAUACAAUUUUCUAUCCUGGCCUUCCAACAUCAAUGACCCAGUCCUCUUGGGCAAGUUCUCUGGUUACAGAUUGGCAGCUAAGGACGCCUCGUGACUCGAUCAACAUGGUCCAGCGCAGGAGCUAUGCUACCAAGAAGUCGAUCAUAUCAACGUGCAAAUCAUGGCGUCGUCUCGGCAUCGAAUUCCUCGUCCGCUAUCUGUUUUUCAAUGACCCCUCGAAGCUCCGCUCUCUUACUUCCCUUCUCACUUCCAAUCCUUCACUGGGGUGGUGGACGCGCCGUUUACAUAUAACUCACUUUCUCUACGAGCGUGGUCCCUCCCUCGACGAUUUUGAAGCCGCCCUUACAACCGUACUUACCCAGACUCCCAACCUAGAGAUCUUCAUUGUCGACUGGCCGCUAUCAAGGGCAUUUGGACCCAUCGCGGACACGCUGGGUACGCAUUGCAAGAACUUACGCACUGCUCACUGGCACGUUCCCGCCGAACUCCUUCCCAAGGUCAUAUGGGCAUUAGAUGCCCUCCCGCUCCUAGUUUCCCUUGCCCUCGAAUUCGAUGCACCACUCAAGGAUUCUGACACGCUCACCCUUGGAAGCGCACAAGAUGUCAAGCUCCACCUCCCAAAUCUUCAGCAGCUCAUCCUGCGUGGGUACUCUGCCGAGUUCAUCGAACAAGCCAACGGCUGGACCCUCCCCCUCCUACACAGCUUCUCCUUCGACUUUGGCAGCAAACUCGAAGACGUUCCCGAUGUUCUGUCCUUCCUCAGCACCCACGGCACCAGUCUGCUCUUUCUCGACCUCUACUGUAUCCCAGCACUCGAUAUCCGCACAGUACUAGACCUAUGCCCCCUCCUAACCGCUUUCUCUUUCAACCUCGACUGGAAGAUCACGCCCAUCGACAACACGGCAGACGGACCCAUCGUUCUCACUAAUCGUCCACACGAACACAUCGCGCACAUCGGGCUUCAUGGGUUGCUCUUUGCGUUCGGCGUGGGCCUCGCUAGCGCUUAUGCCACCCCAGACCCUCUUCGAUCUCUCCUAGUACAGCGUACGAAUGACAGGAAUUUCGCGGCGCUCACAAAAGCGAGUUUCCCCAAACUUGAGCGGGUGCGUGUGUUGAGCCCAACGGUGCUCACGGAUCUCGACCGUGCAAAUGGGCCGCAAGGGGGCGGGAUGGAGCGCUGGGAGAGAUGGGCGGGAAUGUGCGAGGGCAUGGGUAUUCGUCUGGAGGACUGCACGGGCGCACUGUUGGGCACAUUACCUCAAGAGUAUGAAGAGGAAGAUGAGGAAGACGAAGACGAACUUGUGGAAGACAACGAGUACUAUCAUACGGACGAUGAGGAGCCGGCCAGACCAGGUGGAGUAGGUUUGUCAGAACUGAGGGCGCUGCUGGAAGAAUGUAGAAAGAUGAGCGAAGAGCGUGAGGACCCACCGUUUGGGUUGGCGUAUUGAUAUCUCUGUCAUCAGUGCUUUUUGCUUGCUUUGCUAACAUGCUAUUUAUCAUCACUGAUCCUAGAUCUCGUGUAGGCAAGAUCGCUAUCAUGUAACU